AUGGAGCAGGACUUUGGCCUUUCGAAUUAUAUUGGGGAACGGAAAGUCAGUGUCCCUUGCGUCUUGAAGGAACUGUACUCGGAUUUCAUUGUGCAGGAAGUUCUUGGUAUGUUUCUGUUGUGGAAUCAUUUCUUGUUGUUAUUUACUUUUUUACCAUUGCCUUUUAUAGACGAUAGAAGUGUAUUGCAAUUACGAACAGCGGAUGACAUUAAAAACUACAUCAAAGAGGAAGAAGAGAGAGGUGUUGACGAAACUGUGACUGUGCCACCUUUUUUGAAUAGUGAACAGUUGGCAAGCUUAGAUGCCUUGAAUAAAUCUUCGGAGCCGUUGCUCAUAUCUUGCGAGGGCUUCAGCAAGGAUGACCGAAAAGCGUUACAUGAAUUUGUUAGGAUGCGAUAUCAUGGCAAGUUGAAUACUGAGACAAAGGAGAAUUCCAUUGAAGUCAGCUAUUUUGGCAUAGACAACCGAUCAAGAAAGCGAAAGCGAUGGCAUAAAGAUUGUCCCAAUCAAGGUCAUUUUACAUUGGCAAAAGAAAACAAGGACACUAGUUACGCUCUUGGAGUUAUUGCAAAAUUCCUCAAUGUUAAUACAAACACUUUCCGCACUCAUGGAAUCAAAGAUCGACGUGCUAUUACUUGCCAGCGCGUCAGUUGUAAUCGAAUAGAGAAGGAGCGGAUUCUCAGCUUGAACUCCCGCCUCAGGGACAUUAUCGUGUAUGAUUUCGAAUAUGAAAACGAUGAACUGAAGAUGGGAGGACACUGGGGGAACCGUUUCAGCAUUAUUUUGAGAAGUAUACCACCUGAACUGGAGAGCACGUUGACAGGUCGUUUAGAAGAACUAGAGGAAAAAGGAUUCAUCAAUUACUUCGGUAUGCAGCGUUUUGGUUCCUGUGGUACAAGCACAGCAGAAGUGGGGAAACUUAUACUGAAAAGAGAUUGGGAAGGAGCUGUAGCACUUGUCCUCAACAAUGAUCAUUUACCCGGAUAUCUUGGGUCGGUGGGAGACGCACUCCGAUGUUGGAAGCAAACCAAAGAUGCUUCACAGGCACUUCGAUAUUUAAAAGGAAGCCAAGCAUACGCAUCAAUAGAAGCCAUCAUAUUCAAGUGCCUAGCUAGAGGCGGAACUUGGCAAAAGUGUAUUACGGAAGCGUUGCCGAUGAAUCUCAGGAGUUUGUAUGUUGUUUCUCGACGGAUAUCUGAAAAUGGAACUACAGUACAACCAGAUGAUGUGGGACUAGAUGGGAAGAAACUUCCUUCAGAAGCCUCGCCAUUUGACAUUUAUAUACCACUUCCAGGAGAAGCUUCCAAUUUUGAGAAAAACUAUGGUCAGAAGCUUUUAGUUCUAACAUUUAUUUGUUGGUCCACUGAAUCUGAAUCUGUUGUGCAGUGUCGCAAUGGUAUGAAGAAAUGUUAG